CCCUCCCCUACCCCAUUGGUAAGCCACUUUGUUUCAAUUUCUGGGUUCGAGUGGGAAACAAAUUUCCGUUUUGGUGUAGACUGGGUUCCAGUCUCGAACAAAAUGUCCGACGGUGAGCAUCAAGAGGAUGAAUUACUUGCUUUAGCUUCAAUUUACGACGAGAGAAUCUUCAAUCAGUCAUCAGAGGAGAAGGGAGGCCAGUUUAAUGUAUUUCUGGAGUUGCCUAAACCUUUCAAACUGAAUAUUCAGUCUAGAUAUCUACCAAGAUAUUCUACAAGGAAGAAGUUAGAAGCUUCUGAGAAUACUUCAAAUGCAGCCCAAAAUGCUAAGAACUACGAGAUAUUAGAAGCGGAUUAUCUUCCUCCGAUAGUGUUGAAUUUUAGAUUUCCUGGCGAUUACCCUUCCAAAAGCCCUCCACUUUUUACUUUAUCAUGCAAGUGGUUAACUGUCUUUCAGCUUUCCAAGCUGUGUAAGUGUCUUGAUGACAUGUGGGCUGAAGACAGUGGAGGAGAAGUAAUCCUUUUCAGAUGGACACAAUUUCUUCUUGAUGAAACACUGACGACAUUAGAUAUUGAGAGUCCAUUCACAUUGAAGUACAAGAAUGCCCAUAGGAAGAACAAGAAACGAAGAGGAGAUCCAAGGGCUUUCCAAGAUGUUGCCUCCCAUAAUAAACUGGUUGAUGCUAUUUUAGAGUACAACCAACAAGAGAAGGAAAGAGUUUUUAGCAGCAGCUUUUUCGCAUGUAAUGUUUGUUUCAGCGAAAAGCCAGGAUCACUUUGCAUGGAAUUCCAUGACUGUGGGCAUGUGUACUGUGUGGAUUGCAUUGCUGGCUACUUUAAGGUUCAGAUUGAGGAUGGGGCAGUAAAAGCACUGAACUGUCCUUCAGAGAAGUGCGAAUCACAAGCUUUGCCUUCUCAAGUUAAGCAGCUUGUCAGUCCUGAGUUGUUUGCGAAGUAUGACAGAUUUUUGCUGCAGUACAGCCUUGAUGGAAUGGCAGAUAUAGUUUACUGUCCUCGACCCUCAUGUCAGACUGCUGUCAUGUUAGAAAGCGAAUCAUCCAUGGGUGUCUGUCCGUCAUGCUCCUUUGCUUUUUGUGCAUUUUGCAAGCAUACUUACCAUGGGGUUUCACCCUGCGAUAUCAAGGGAAGUGAUGCCCGAAGGCUUGCGGAAGAGUAUUCUGCAGCUUCCAGAGAAGACAAAGAAUUGUUAGAAAAACGUUAUGGUAAACGACGGCUUCAGAAGUUGUUAGACGAAGUGGUCUCCGAAGAAUGGCUUGAUGCUAAUGCAAAGCAAUGCCCAUGUUGCAAAGCAAGCAUUCAAAAGAUUGAUGGCUGCAACAAAAUGACUUGUCUAAAAUGUCGGACUUACUUCUGUUGGCUGUGCAUGGCAAACCUUCCACACAGUAAUCCAUACCAGCAUUUCAACUCUCCAGGUAGUGGCUGUUUCAAUAGGUUGUUUGAGGGUGUUGAUGAUGAGGAUGAUGAUGAAGAUGACGACUGGUGGUUAUGAAUUCAGAGACUAAUUGUAUUAAUCAAUGAAUAGCCAGCAAUCAGACUUUUAUUCAUAAACAUUUCCCAGAAAUUCUAAACCAUUUGGAACUCUAUUCCUAAAUAAAACCUGGUUAGAUUUUGCUCAAAAUAAGAUGAAGUAAAUAUGAAAAUAUGAAUUUUUUUCCUUAGCUAGCUGUGGAACAAAGAUAUUUAUUAAUUGUCAUUAAAAUGUUAGAGAAAAACUACAAACAGAGUUGAAAAAAUGGUAGUUCUUCCUGCCAGACUUUGCCUGCAUUUAUUUCAGGUGCAUGACAAGUUGCAUGUAAUAAAGACAAGUGUUUUGAUA